UACGACACUAUAAAAUUAUGGCACAUACUGUUAUAUCAGCACAUCUUCCUCCCGAUAUUGAUCCAACAAAAGUCCAGUUAGCGUUUGGAGAUCGAGCAUUACCAAAACUGAAUGAAGAACUUAACAGUGUUGAGUUGAUAACACGACAGAAAGCUUUGAUGGCGUUAUGUGAUGUACUACAUAACCCAGAAUAUGUGAAGCGAUCCAUUCAAUGCUCGAUUGUUGAAAGUUUGAAAGCGUUACUGCGAGACAAUGAUGCUGUCGUGAGAAUGAAAUCUACAGAAGCUCUACUUAUACUUUCUCGGCAUGCCAUUGGAAGACAGGUGUUAAUCGAUGAAGCUGUUAUUCCACCAUUAGCUAAGUUGUUCGAUGACGAUUGUUACGACGUGAGAUUGAAUACACAUCGCACUGUUGAGAUGAUCUCUUCAGCGCCUUCUGGAGCAGAUGGCUUAGUUAACUGUGAUUUGAUACCAAUUUUAAUUAAAAAAGUACCAACAGAAGAAGAUGAGAUUAAGUUACUGAUACUCGAUUCUCUUCAUCGUUGCAUGAGAAUUAAUUCAACACAAGCUCUUGCCAGUAAUGGCAUGGCUGUUUAUACUUCCUUGUUAAAACACUCUAUGGAGGAGAUCAGAUCGAAAGCAGCAAUGGAUAUCAAAGAGCUAAGUUACCCAACUGACGGGAAGAACAAGGCAUGCGAUGAAGGAGCUGUAGAGUUAUUGGUCGGGUUACUCAACGACGAAGAUACUUCGGUUCGUUCACAAGCUUGUGCUGCACUUAUGGUGAUUACUAUCACUACACGUGGAAAACUUCUUACAAUGGAAUGCGGUGUUAUCCCGACUUUAAUAAAGCUUUUAAAAGACGAAUGCGUUGAAGUGAGACUCAAUACACUUAAACUGAUCACCACGUUGUCAGAAACACCACAAGGGAGGAGUGAAUUAUUGGAAUCCCUAUCGAAGAUUUCGAUGUUAAAACAUGAUCAUGAUAGUCAAGCUGUUAGAAAAGCGGCACAGAUCGCUGAGAAGUCCAUUAUGUGGAAGCCGUGACAAAACAAACAGAAAUAAAUAAUUUUAUUUAGUGAUUAAUUUGUGUGUUUGUACAUUACUAUUUAAUAUAUACUGUAAAUACAGUUUUGAAUAUAUUUAAUAUAUUUUUGAGAAAAUUUCAUAUAAAA